AUGAUUAACGUAUUCAGACCGUUAUUCACUUCUCAAAGUGAGACUCAGGCACCGGUUCCAAUUAUAAACGAAACUGUUUAUAAUCAAACCACUAUUCAUGAAGAAAAUGAUUAUGAUGGUCAUUUUGAAUUUCUUGGUGGUAGAUACUGCUCCAAAUAUUUAACUAGUGAAAGCUUGAAUCGUGAUGUUUCCGUUAAGCCAAUUCAUUCACAUAAUGAUUAUUGGAGAUAUGCACCAUUAACUGAAGCCUUGGGAGCAGGAGCUCAGAGUAUAGAAGCUGAUAUUUGGUACUUUCCAGAAAACUAUACUUUACAAGCUACUGCGGUUGAAACUGCGGAGGAAACAGAAAGACGUAAGGAAGACCCAGAAUCGAAUCCUCUGAGAUUGAAGUCAUUUAAUGACAGUUCAAUCUACGUUGGUCAUAAUCAAAUUUUCUUAGAACCAGAAAAUACCUUGGAUAAAUUAUAUUUUGAUAAAUUAUUCGAGAUUUUGAGUUACUCUAAUCCCGAAAUGAAGUAUGUUGACACAACCAAAGAAGCUCUGCCUUUAUUAGAAGAAACCAAGUCGAAAUUUGGUGUAUUCUAUAACUCACCGGAGACUCCAUUAUAUUUAUGGCUUGAUUUCAAGACUGAUGCUAAUGAAACAUACAAAGUGUUGCAAAAAUCAUUGCAAAGAUUUAUUGAGAAUGAUUACCUUGCUUACUAUGAUACCACCACCCAAACAUACCAUGAAGGACCAAUCAUUCUUACUAUUACUGGGAAUAUUCCAUGGGGGUUAAUUGAACAAGAAACCAAAAGAUACGUAUUUGUUGAUGUUCCAUUAGCCGAUUUUGGUAAAUUAGAUAUUGAUGAGAGAGUAUUGCAAAGAUAUGCCCAAUUAGGUAAAGUUGCUUCUGGAUCAAUGGAGGAGAUAAUUGGAACAAAAGAAUUUAUCAAGAAUUCGAGAUUAGAUAAAUUCAAUGAGGAUGCUUCAAUUAUGUUGGAGCAAGUUUUCGAUAAAGUUCAUGCUUAUGGAUUGAAAUCCAGAAUAUGGGGCGAUGCUGAUUUCCCAAGUUACAUAAAAGAGGGCCAUUGGAAGAACCUUUAUGAGCUUGGAUCAGAUUUCUUAAAUACCGAUGACGUUUACGAUGUUGCCUAUUUAUAA